AUGGGUAAUGUCCGAGACGCAAAAGAGAUUUUUAUAUACAUGCACCGGAAUUUCCGGGUGUCACGAAACAUUCGGGCUCAUUGGCUAUUCGAUCACCUCAAUAAGACAGUACGUAUUGAAGAAUCACCAGGAGAGGGAGAAUAUAGCAAUGAAAUGAGCGUUGUCGGUAUCAUUCCAAUGAACGGCGAACCUGACGACUGCGUCGUUGGAGAGGACUUCAGGGUUUGCUUGGAUACUAAGAUUACUUACAUAUCACGUUAUUACCGUCAUGUUUUUGUACUCGAUCUUAGUCCAUCGACUAUUGUUGCGGAUGAAGAGAGUAAUUGCUGUUUACAUACAAAGCUUUUGGAAUGCCUACGACUGAGCAUGGCUUCUGUCAGCAAAAAGUUCACUAUUCCUGGAACACGUCGAACAUUUUCCCCACAAAUUUAUGUCAGUGUCUGCGUGUUCAUACCUUUUUUAGCUUUUGAACAGGAUUUGGUGGGUUGCCGAUCUGUUUCUUCUUUUUUGAGUGUGCUUGUACAAGGGAUCUUAUUGACAGAAAGUAAUAUAAACAGUGUUCUUCAUACAGUUACACGAAAAUUUAAUGAUUUGUUGAACAGCUUGUAUGUUUAUUCCAAAGGAAUUCUGCAAAAAUGGGGCACAUUAAGAAGAAGGCACAGAAACAAGUACGACUCAGCGUGUGGUGAUAUCGAAUGUAUAGGAGAGUAUGAAACAACGAGGACAUCUUCUUUGUGCAACGAUGGUUCACCAAAUAAGGUUGUAAAUAGCGUCCCUAUGAAGCCUGCUCCUAUUCAUCCUAGAAGCAUCAUGGACUACGUCAAGGGGGUCUGGACGGUAAGUGCUGCUGAAGAUGAGAACACAACAAGGAAUCCUCUCUGUGACGGAUACAUACAUCCAGAAUGGGCCCUAAUUUUCAUGUUGCGACUAGGCCUUAUUGCUGUGCAGAUGAUGCACGAAAAUACGCAAUCGAAUAUAAUUGUCAUAACGGAUGCAGUUUGUGGUAUGCCGGACGCAAAUGCUUUGCAGCAACUUCUUAGCCAACUACGAAGCUACACCGUUUCAUGCUCUUUUAUUCAGUUGCAAGGCCGUUCUCGCAAUGAAGCUUGUUUCGGUCAUGUGGCAUCAUGCGAACUGUUUCAUUUCCUCGCGAUGGCGACAUUUGGUGUCUAUAUUCCGAAUUGCCGCUGUGCAAUUGGCGUGGAUAUGAACGAUAUUCAUGAACCGCUGGUUUACUCUGAAGAUGAGGAAGAAGUUGACGAGGACGAGUACAAACCAUUGAAUCCGUUCCACAGGGAAGAUGUAACGAUAGAUCUCGUCAUACAGGCUCCCUAUAAUGAACUGAAGGACCUUUUAUCAGAAGGACAGUUUCCGAAUGCCGUGAGACAAAAGCUUGUCAAGUCUCUGAGGAAUCUUAUCGAUGACAUCCUUGAAGCUGAUCGUGUACUUUUACACAUACAUGCCUUCAACAGCGAUCCAGUAUUUUACACCAUUCCGAUCGGUGUAUCAACCAAAAUACCGAUAUUCACUUUGGAAGACAAAGCGAAGGAGAUGAGCAUUUUUCUUGGGACUGAACAAGAAAAUGCAAACACGUUCGUGGGAUUCUGGAGUUCUCUGUGUCAACUGAAUGAGAAAUCGUGAAAAGACAGCAAUGUGCCUGUAUACUUCUAUAUGGUCAAAGUGACGUUAGAGGCACCAUGUCUUAUUCUGAGAACGGCUUUUCUUGGCGGCAUAAGUAGUAUUGAGCGUAGAAGCGUGGUUGAUGCAUUCCGCCGGAAACUGCUCGAUCUCCGCAUCGUUGCUGAUGGGAAGGAAACGGAAGCGUUGUCAGUUAUUCGUCGACCUCUUGAACGAAUCAUGAUACGUUAUCGAUCAAUCCCAAAAGAUCUGCUGACUAUUGUGCGUGUCCGUGAGGACGAGGCGAUGGAAGACCCGAAGCUUCUUAUCCUUCACAAUGCGAUCAGCAAAUACCUUGAAUGUCGGUGA